UCCCGCCUCCUGCAGGUUUUUUUUUAGCCUGUUUGUUCGUGUUGCGUUUAAAGACGGACUUGUGUGAGAGUGAGCGCUGCUCUGUACAGGCCUCACUGAACUGAGCCGAGUUGAACAGCAGGAGACAGCAGCUGACUACACAGCCCCGGUGUCAACUUAGCAGUGUGGCCGCCCUUUAAAGCCCACGAGCCGGAUCAACAACUUGUGAUGGAGCGAUAUGCCACAAUGGAGCACUACAAAGCAGCCAUGCUGCUGAGUGGUGCCGGUGAUGCUCUUGGUUACAGGAACCAGCUGUGGGAGUACAAUGAGUCUGGACCAGCGAUACACAAGGAACUACAGGAGCUUGGUGGUCUGAAGAACAUCAAGGUGGAGCUCCCAGAUUGGCCGGUGAGUGAUGACACCGUUCUGCAUCUGGCAACAGCAGAAGGACUGGCAACCGGUGAGAUUAAAAGCAUACUCUCUGAUUGGCCCUUUCUGUUUUUACAACUUAUUUAUUUUUAUUUAUUAUUUUCUACUUCCAAUAAGACCAUAUUUUCUGGAAAGUGCAGUUGGACCAUGGUUGUCACUUGUUUUAUGUUACAUCUAAAACGUUAUUAUACACUUCUAAAGGUAAAAACCUUUGGUCUCCACAGGUAUCCAAAGCCGGACCAGUUACUAUCACUGGUGGCAGUUGCCGUGGAGACAGGACGAAUGACCCACCCUCAUCCAACUGGAUUCCUGGGAGCGGUAGCGUCAGCACUUUUCACCGCCUACGCCGUCCAGCGCAGGCCAUUGACGACCUGGGGUCUGGGUCUGCUCAACGAGGCCUGUCCAAUAGCUAAGGUCUUCGUUCAGAACCGGAGCUUCGCUGUUGAGGAGACGGAAAGAGACUGGGCGUACUUCUGUGACAAGUGGCUGUGGUACCUGGAUUUGAGGGGCAUCUCUAACGGGAUAGGCCCUGUGAUUUGGCCGUCGUCUUAUGGCCCGGCUGAGAGGGACGAAGCCUACAAGAGCUUCAGCCUGUCGGGGUGGGCGGGACGCAGCGGCCAUGAUGCUCCCAUGAUUGCGCUUGAUGCCCUGCUGGCAGCCGGUCCAGACUGGGAAGAUCUGAUGAGCAGAGCGGGUUUCCAUGGAGGUGACAGCGACAGCACAGCUGUGAUCGCCUGCUGCUGCUGGGGUCUCCUCUACGGCACACAGGGAGUCCCUGAAGGCAACUACUGUAAUCUGGAGUACAGAGAGCGACUGGAGCGCAGCGCUGAGCAGCUCUACGCUCUGUCCCACUGAGGCUCAGCUGCAGUGAAAGGAAGACAGGCUGCACCCAGAGGUGUGGUCGGUGAAACGUCCGUCUACUUUGGAGCCGCGUCCCUGGGCGACAAACGUAUACCUGAGCGAUGACGUAACUGUCUGAUGGGGGAGAAGUCUAAGCAGACAAAGUCAGUGUGGGGAAAAUCAAUGACAAUGUGAAGACAAUGCAUAUCCGAUCACUGGAAAGGUUAUUUAAGGAAAUUUAAGUUUAAUUCUAACAUGAAAGAAUAAACAAGCCGAAAAAAAACUUUGUAGUUGAGUUGAAAACUUUAUUUUUUUAUUUUUUUUUUGGUCAUUGUUGUUUUAAGAUUUUUUUGUCAAACUCCCCCCCCCCUUUUUUAAUUAUUUACCUACAGGAGAAGGGCAAAGGGUGGUAACUACUGGAUCAAGUUUAAAAAAAAAAAA